AAGAAGACUAGAGUCUCUCUGACGGUGUCAGAUCUGCGACUAGCGAGAGGAUGCGAAUCGGCGAUUCUCAGGAGGAAACGGCGGUUUACGAGCAGGAGGAGCCUGUAUCUCUCGGCGGCGGCGGCAAGCACAGGAUCCUUGCAGAGCUUGCCCGCGUUGAACAGGAAGUCGUUUUCUUGGAGAAAGAGUUGGAAGAGGUUGAGAACACAGCUAUUGUAUCAACCGUGUGUGAGGAGCUGCUCUGUGUCAUUGAGAAAGGACCCGAUCCUCUGUUGCCACUAACCAAUGGACCUUUGAACUUAGGAUGGGACCGGUGGUUUGAAGGACCAAAUGGAGGAGAAGGCUGCAGAUGCUUAAUACUUUGAUUCACUAGAGAGAGUAAGGUUACAUAUAGUUUCUUGCUAAGAUAUCUUCUUACAUGGGUUCCAAAAUGGUGGCUGUAGCAGUUUCAACACUUGCCACAGAGAAAAAGCGUACAGAUUAAUGAGCAUUGGAAUUGCAUAGAAUGGCUUAGUUACAAGUACGUAACAGUGUUAUAUGUAUAUGUAAUGUAUGGGAUCCGAAUCUGACAUGCGAGCAAUAGAGUUUCAGCUUCUCA